UUUGUAUACAUGUAACUCAAAGGAAAAGCAAUGAAUAAAAAUUAUAUACAUGAUACACGAAUAGAACGUGAAUUCAAUAGAAAAGUGAAAUAGAAAAAUCGAUUGAAAUGAGCUGUAUUAAUAAUUUUUCAUAAUAUUCUGUUCCAUAACAUUUUCAGCUAUUGUUGUGGUUUAAUUUGAAUUCAAUCAAAGAAAUUGAUAAAUACGUACCAUGUUUUAGACUACCUCAAUAGAGAUUUGGCAUAAAUUUUGAGUUGCAUAAUUUUGAAUACAAAGAUUAGUUUAAAUAUAUGCAAAAUUUGAAUUAUUUGAAAAUUGUUCAGUUGUUGCUGGAAAACUUUUGCUCGUGAAAAAACAACUCGGAAAAUUAAAUAUUGCGAAUGAAUCACAGUGACAGAGUUUGAAAAAUAAAACCAACUACUAGAAAAACAUUACACAAUCGAAUAGAUGAAAGGUUUUAUUAAAAAAUAAAAGAAAAAAAUUUAUGGGAAUUUUCGGACAAAAGAAAAUAUGGUUUUGAGUACGGAAUGGUCUCAAGUCGAAAUUAUUGAUCUGAUAAAUGAUGGAAAUGGCCUCGGCUUCAUAUUGGUCGGCGGUAAAAGCACUGGCGUUGUAAUUAAAGCUCUUAUACCUGGCGGGGUGAGUGAGCGUGAUGGACGAUUACAAUGCGGUGAUCACGUUCUCCAAAUAGGUAAUGUCAACCUUCGUGGAUUUAGUUCAGAGCAAGUAGCAACUGUACUACGUCAAACUGCACCUAAUUGCCCAGUUCGAAUUAUUGUUGCAAGACCAGUGGAGGCAACAUCAUCCGAAUACCGAUCAUUGGCCACACAUGCGCCGAUUAUCCCAACUAAAAUGUUAUCAGACCCAGAGGAAUUGGAACGCCAAUUAAUUCAAACAUCUAUUCCAUUCACAAAUGAUUUCAUUGUUGAUGUAGAUCAACUCAUUUCUCCCCACAUUGAAGUGGUUACUCUGCAUGAUGGAUUAACUUCACAACACAAUAGUUUUGAGUUGAUUUCACCAUGUUCAGCAAAUGAACCCAUCAUAGAAAACUUCCCCGAAACGGAAACCUAUGAAGUGGAACUGCGAAAGAAUGUGUACGGUUUGGGGAUAACCGUGGCCGGAUACGUAUGCGAAGAAGAGGAUUUAUCUGGUAUAUUUGUAAAAAGUAUAAUUGAAGGUAGCGCAGCAGAAAUGAGUGGUAAAAUCCAAAUUAAUGAUCGUAUUGUUGCCGUCGAUGGAAAAACAUUAGCUGGGGUAACAAAUCAUCAAGCCGUUGAAAUUCUUCGGAAUACUGACAUAGCUGUUCGAUUGACACUAGAGCGGUUUCUACGUGGACGUAAAUUUGAACAUCUACAAGUGGCUUUGACUGAAACCAAAGAAAGCAGACCUUUAUCAUUACCACCUUCGCCAUCCAUUACUACAUUGACAUGGGUGCCGCCAAAAUCAGAUGCCGAUUCAAUUGUUACUGAGGACUGUGACGAUUGUCAAAUCGAUAAUGAACAAGAAUCAUGUACAACAUUUGAUUCGAAUAUUUUUGCAAAUGAUUUGAACAAUGAUGAAGAAAUGGAUGCGAAUAGCAUGUCGUUAAGUUCAAAAGAUGUUACGCCUGUACUAUCACCACAAAUAGAAAAAAGUAAACUGGACUUAUGGGAAAUUGAAUAUCCAGAAAGUGAAAUCAUUGUUACGGAAAUAAAUAAAUUGGCAGGUCUUGGUAUAAGUAUUGAGGGAACCGUUGAAGUGGAGGGUGGUGUAGAAAAAAGACCACACCACUUCAUCCGGUCGAUUUUAAGUGAUAGCCCAGUGGCAAAAGAUGGAAAAUUAAGACCAGGAGAUGAACUUUUGCAAGUAAAUGAAUAUAAAUUAACAAAUUUAAAGCACACCGACGUAGUAAAGAUAUUAAAAGAACUUCCCAACAAUGUUCGAGUUGUAUGUGCUCGAGGGCAUCCACCUUCGAUUAUCAACACGUCGCAGAAUUUUGAAGCAUUCGAAAGUCGCAGCAUAAUUCCCAGUGGUCAUUUGAUAUUGCAAGGUCUUUUAAAGGCUCAAUCCGAAAGUUCUUUGUUCACAUCGAGCACGAACACAAAUACAAAUACAAAUACAAAUACAAACACAAUUACAGAUCAACUUCGCUCAAAGUCAAUGGAACAGAUUUCGGGUGUAGCUUUAUGGAGCAGUGAAGCGGUUUUCAUUGAUAUAGAAAAAACAGACCGAGGAUUUGGUUUCUCAAUACUUGAUUAUCAAGAUCCAUUAG